GGAGCUCCGUGCCCAGACACGCCAGAUGGAUACAGUUGGACUCAUCAGUACGCACCAGACCAACUACUGAAAAUAUAAAGGAAAAGGAUAUAUCUAUAUAUAUUUAUACACGAACUGAUCGUUUACAGCGACGUGUGGACAUGGAUACUGGUUGUUUCACCGCGGCGCAGCGUAUUUCGUGCCACACCAUGAAUGCGGAUUUAUUUAAGCCUGUUCCGGAGCGUGGACCCCAACAGUCCUCUGCCCCGGUGAAAACCAACAGGAAUAAACCCGAACAAACCAAACCAGAGCUGGCCCAAGUGGUGACAGACUCCAAGACUGGAAGAUCCUACAGUAAAGGAAAGCUUUUGGGCAAGGGUGGCUUUGCUCGAUGCUACGAGAUGACAGACCUCACCAACAACAAAAUGUAUGCUGUGAAGGUGAUUCCACAGAGCAGGGUGUCCAAACCACACCAGAGGGACAAGAUAACGAAUGAGAUUGAGCUCCACAAAACCCUGUCACACAAGCAUGUGGUGAAAUUCUCUCAUCAUUUUGAAGACCAAGAAAACAUCUACAUAUUCCUCGAGCUCUGCAGUCGGAAGUCCCUGGCACACAUCUGGAAGGCGAGACACACACUCACAGAGCCAGAAGUGCGAUAUUACCUCAGACAGAUCAUAUCCGGCCUCAAGUACCUCCACAGCAGAGGGAUCCUGCACAGAGAUCUAAAACUAGGCAACUUCUUUGUCAACGAGAACAUGGAGCUGCGGCUGGGAGACUUCGGCCUUGCUGCCAAGCUGGAGACAGUCGAACAGAGGAAAAAAACAAUCUGUGGGACUCCCAACUACUUGGCCCCCGAGGUGCUCAACAGACAGGGCCACGGCACAGAGUCUGACGUCUGGUCCCUCGGAUGUGUCAUGUACACACUGAUGUGCGGCAACCCUCCUUUUGAGACUCUUGACCUGAAGGAGACCUACAAGUGUAUAAAGGAAGUUCGGUACAACUUGCCAUCUACGCUUUCCCCUGCCGCACAGAAACUCAUCACAGGCAUCCUGCAGAAAAACCCCAGCGACAGAUUCUCACUUGAUCAAAUCCUCAACCACGAAUUCUUCACCAAAGGUUUCACCCCUGAUAAGCUUCCCCCAAGCAGCUGUGUGAUGGUGCCAGAGCUCCACCCCCCCAGCCCUGCCAAGAAAUUCUUCACUAAAAUGGCCAAGAGCCUCUUCGGUAAAAAGAAGCCAAAAGUGGAGAAGAUUCCAUGUGAGGAAAAAGACGACAAAGACAUUUCCAAGCUGGUGUCGGGGAUCGUUAAAUGUUCAAUCAAUCGGCAGAUCAGCUACAAGACAGUGGGACCCAAUGAGGUGCCGUCUCCCACCGGUCAGCUGGUGAACUCUGUGCCUCUGGAACAGACUCCUGCUGAGGAGGAAUCAAGGAAGUCGAUCUCUCGGUCCUUCAAGGGCACCAUGGCCAGCAGCACAGAACCAUGUGAAGACGUCCUGACCCCCGCAGCUGUUGCUGAAUCGGCCAUGAAGGUCCUCAACAGCUGCCUAGCAACCAUGCCUGCAGCCACCAGAAACCCGCCCUGUUUGUCCAGGCCGCAGUCCUUCCUGUGGGUGACUAAAUGGGUCGACUACUCAAACAAAUAUGGUUUUGGCUACCAGCUCUCAAACCAAAGCAUUGGUGUGCUGUUCAAUGAGGGAACACAUCUGAGUCUUUGUAACCAACGCAAGACCGUCUACUACUGCUUGACCAACAACAAACACUUCACUUUCCCUGCAAACUCUCUACCUGAACAGCUUCGCAGCCAGAAACAAAUUGUAGAUCUCAUGGCCAACUACAUGGAGCAGAACCUGAUGGAGGGUGGGGAUCUACAAUGUGAGGAGCUAGUCUCAGGUCCUCCUCCUCUUCUGCUCCAGUGGGUGAAGACUGACCAUGCUCUUGUCAUGCUCUUCAACAAUGGCACUCUACAGGUUAACUUCUACACAGACCACACCAAGAUCAUCCUGUGCAAGUCAUCUGAUGACUCCUACCUGCUCACCUACAUCAGCCGGGAACGCGUCUCAUACACUUACCUCCUCAGCAUGUUGAUUGAGAUGGGCUGCACCUCUGAGCUAAGACACCGACUGCGAUAUGUGGUCCAGCUGCUCCAACACCAUGCUGAUGCCUGAGAGCACACCUCAGUGCCUCCCAGGCUGCCUGAUUGGCAGAUGCCUUAGAGGCAACCUGACUGGUUAACACCUGUUUUCUUUUAGGCAGCCUGACUGGUUGAUAUGAUUUCUCAAGGCAGUGCCAGGAGGAGCCGAGGCUUGUUCAGUUGCCAGAUGGAAGGCUGCUCAGAGGAGUUGAGCAAAUAUUCUUGUCUGGACUGGUGCUUAGGCAGCUGAUUAUCAAAUUGAUUGACCUUGAUAAACAUCAAGCAGUCAGGAAGUUGCUCAAUGCAGCAUCUGCCUCAAGGGUUUGUGCCUGUCCAGCUUAUGCCACAAAGGUAUCCACCUGGAAGGUAUCGAUACCUUUUUUAAAUAAGAGACUCCUACCUUCCCUCACUCACUUAAAACCACUGCUUCUUGGCUGGCUCUUUCAAAGCCACCAACCAACCCUGCAGCUUUCAGCUUCCCCUGAUAGCCGAUAGCCGAUAACCCAGGCAUGGUUUCUCAAAGGUAUCUAAACACUAAAACUGUCCUAUUUGCUUGCAACGGAACAACUAUAAUCUUGCAGUUGGAAUGCUUUUAGGCUCAGUUUUCUAAAAGUAUUAUAGCGGCAAGAUCAUUUUUAGCGUUGUCUUGCACUGGAACUGUGAUCUUAUAGCAGAUGUGCUUUGGGGAGAGCUGUGGUUUGAUUAGAGAGCAAAAGAGAGAGACCCUCCUACCCCCGGUUGGUUUCUGGUCUCUUUGGACUAUGGUGCACACAUUCAUUUUUUUUUUUUUUUUUCCUUCAUUUAAAAAAAUAAAUAAAAUAGAGCCAGCUAUAGGAUCACACUACGAUCUUGACCUCACAUGCACAAAUAACAUUCCUGGCCUUAUUUGAAGAUGGUGAUGCUAAUGUCUGGAGAAAGUCAUUGCUGCUUCUGCUCCAACAUCACUUUUUUGUUUUUGUUUUUUUUUGGUUUAGUUAUUAGAAACAAAUUUCACAUGGUACACAUCAUACUAAAGGGGCUAAGGGAGCAACACAAUUUUGCACAUUUUUAUUUUUUUGUAAAUUCAUCUGAAAAGCAAAACCUUUUACUACCACUUGUUAUAUUUUAUUUGUUUUUAACUAGAUACCAAAAGGCAUUUUCUUUGGUUUUUAAAAUUCUGUUUUACAUUCACAUACAAUAGGUGAAUGUGUGUGUGUGCCACACAUGUGCUGGUAAACAAAACUGUUGGUUGGAAAAUGAGGAUUGGGGGGGGGGGGGGAGGGGAUAAAAGUGCCUUUCUGAGGGAUGUCUGUAUAGUGCAAUAACAACCCUUUUGUGAAUGUCAAGCUGGAUACAAACAAGAAUUGAGAUGGGUUUUACAGGUGGGAUUUACUUUUGUACUUUGAGCCAAGUUUAAAAGUAAGUCCAAUAGCACUACACUCUCACUACCUGGUAUAAGCUUUUAGAACAACUGGUAUCAUAAGUAUAUAUCCCAGUAAUAUCUACUAUGGAAAAAAGAAAACAUUGUACUCUGUUGUACUGUAAUCCUUAUUGGUUUACUUUGCUUUCUCGACCCAGAGUUGUAUCCUAAAAACUGUGACCUGGAAUGCAAGUAUUACGUACAUGUGUUUUCAAAAAACCAACAUUGUGAAAGCCAUCUGCCAAUUCAGAAGAGUCUUUAUUUUUUUGGCACAUAAUGUCCUGUUUAUUUAUUUUUUAUUUAUACAUGUUUUUUAUUUAUUGUUGUGUAAAUGUUACGGUCUUGACACAAGGAAAUGUUCAAUUCCGAUCACUUUUUGUAUGUAACAUGUUUGGGGGAAAAUGGGACAAAAAUAAAGUUUAUUGAAAAUGAA